AUGUCAGAUAAUAAACUUAUGUCUGAUUAUCGCAUGUAUCGAAACAUCAUGGAAAAAUUACUGAUACCAAUUGGAAUGCGUAGUAAUCAAAAUCCUGGGUUUAUUAUUCGCUGCUUACCAUAUAUUCAGACAUUAUUAAGUGUUCUCAUGUUUUUUGCAAUUUUCGGAUUCGUGCGAUUACAUAUUGCUGAUAUUGCAUCAGUGACGAGAGGAUUAAGUAUCAUGAUUACCUUUGCAACAGCUACUAUGAAAAUGGGUUGUUUAAUAAUCUACCGAAAAGAAAUGGAAGAACUUCAUGAAAUAUUGAAUCCAUACUUUAACGAGUUGCUAAAAAAAUCAAACAUUACUCAUAUCAUUCUAGAGCAAUUAACACUUUUUCGUCGUCUCACCUGGACAUUCUUAUUCUUUCUUAUCAUUUGUGGCUUGACUUGGAACAUUAUUCCAUUAUUUUCAAUUAUUUCUCAAUACUUUCACCAUGUUCAUCCAAUCCACUAUAAUCUCAUUUUUCCAGCAGUUUAUCCAUGGAAUGUAUCUUCUAGUGAAGUUUUAUUCAGAUUUCAUUUCAUUUUCGAAUCAUUUGCUUCAAUCUCACUGGUCACUGUUACAGCCAGUGUUAAUUCAUUAUUCCCUUUCUAUAUUUUCUUAAUGAUCGGCCAACUACGUGAGUUUUCUUAUAAUAUAUCAAACACUAAUGAAAAAAAUACCAGUGAAAAAAUUAUCAAAAAGUGUGUUGAUCAAUACUGUACCAUUAUCAAAUGUAGAGAUAACUUACAGAAAAUUUUUGGACCCAUUGUGUUGUGGAUCAUGUGUACUAAUGCAGUUAUUCUUUGUACAGUUAUAUUCCAGAUUACAAAUAUGAAAACAAUAUCUAGAGGACGAGCAUUUUUGUUUGCUGCAUACACGUCUUUAAAAUUCACUGAAGCAUUUUUAUUUGCUUGGGCUGGAACAUGUCUCACAACAGAGAGUGAAAAUUGGAGAGAUUCUAUAUACAAUUCUAACUGGCAGGGAAACAAACGUUUUAUGACUUCUAUCAUCAUUAUGCUUACGCAAAAACCAAUUAUAGUCACGGCUUGCAAUUUUGCUGCUGUUUCACUAGAUAUUUUUGUCAUGAUUGUGAAUACUACUAUUUCCUAUUUCUUUUUAUUGAGAACAAUAGAACAUACAGAUUGA